AUGCCUAUGAGUAAGAAUAAGCUGGUUUUACUACUCGUAAUGAUCUGUCUGGAACAAGAUAAGUCUGCAAAUAUUUCUCUUUCCAAAGCUCCCACUUGUGGGCAGAGUCUGGUAAAGACACAGCCUUGGAAUUACUUUAACAUUUUUAGUCGCAUUGUUGGGGGAAGCCAAGUGGUAAAGGGCUCUUACCCAUGGCAGGUGUCUCUGAAACGAAGGCAGAAGCAUAUCUGUGGAGGAACCAUUAUCUCCCCACAGUGGGUGGUUACAGCUGCUCACUGUGUUGCAAACAGAAACAGUGCAUCAGCUUUGAACAUUACUGCUGGAAAACAUGAUUUGAGCCAUACAGAGCCAGGAGAGCAAACCCUCACCAUUGAAAGCAUCAUCAUACACCCAUAUUUCUCCACCAAGAAACCAAUGGACUAUGAUAUUGCUCUUCUGAAGAUGGCUGGCGCCUUCCAUUUUGGCCAGUCUGUGGGGCCCAUGUGUCUUCCAGAGCCAGGAGAACAGUUUAAGCCUGGACUGAUUUGUACAACUGCAGGCUGGGGCCGCCUGACUGAAGAUGGCAUCCUCUCACAAGUCUUGCAGGAAGUGAACCUGCCCAUUCUGACCCAGGAGGAGUGUGCAGCAGCUCUAUUAACCCUGAAGAAACCCAUCAGUGGGCGGACCUUUCUCUGCACAGGCUUUGCAGAUGGAGGGAGAGAUGCGUGUCAGGGAGAUUCAGGAGGUGCCCUCAUGUGCCGGAACAAGAAAGGGACUUGGACUCUCGCUGGUGUGACAUCCUGGGGUUUGGGCUGUGGUCGAGGCUGGAGCAACAACAUGCAGAGCGAUGACCAAGGAUCCCCUGGGAUCUUCACAGACCUUAGCAAAGUGCUUCCCUGGAUCCAAAAACACAUCCAAAUUGGGACUCAGAGAAAAAGCUCCAGAGCCUCGUGCAGUGAGGAGGAUCGUGUGGUCAGCGAGUCUGAGGGGGAGCUGCACUUCCCAGAAAGCCCCUACCUGUAUUAUGACGGCAAGCAACUGUGCGUCUGGACCCUGUUGGUACCAGAGGAAAUGCAUGUGUUACUCAGUUUUUCCCACUUGGAUGCAGAGUCUUGUCAUCACAACUACCUGUCAGUAUAUUCUUCAGAAGACAGACUUACUGGGAAGUUCUGUGGAGAAAGCCUUGCUUCAUCAGUUCUUGUUGCCUCCAACUCUGUAAGGUUGAAGUUCUUCACUGAUGCCACAGAUUAUUCCACUGGGUUUAAUCUCACCUAUAAAGCUCUUACACCCAGCUACCUUCCUGAUUCGGGCUGCAGUUCCUUAACUGUCCUUUUUGAAGAGGGCCUCAUACAGAGCCUGCACUACCCUGAAGACUAUAGUGAUAUGGCCAACUGUAACUGGGUUUUUCAAGCCCCCAAACAUUAUCUAAUUAAGCUUUCCUUUCAGAACCUGGAAAUAGAGGAGAGUGGAGACUGCACUUCCGACUACUUGACGGUGCACCAGGAUGUGGAAAGGAAGAAGGAAAUAGCUCGGUUGUGCGGCUUCGUUGCCCCAGCCCCUGUGCUGAGCUCCUCUGGUGUAAUGCUCGUCAGCUUCCAGUCGGAUGAAAAUGUGACUUUCAGAGGCUUUCAGGCCACAGUUGCCUUCAUUCCUGAAACAGUGUCACCCCCAUUAAACAUCUCCGGAUCAGAGGAUGAGGCAAUGUUUCUGGAGACAUGGAAUGCCCUACCUGAAGAAUCCAGUCUUUCCGGUAAGCUGCUGCAGGGAAUGUGA